AUGGCGGUUUACGACGAACAGCGUCCGGCAAAUGGCUCAGAAUCUACCGGCGAACGCUCUGCAGGCAGUAACCCCGAGAUUUUCAGACCGAAGGAAAACUUAUGGAUUCGCUUCAUGAGUUUGAUCGGAUGGUACCCAUCGGACAUGCCAAGCGAGGAAAAGCUAGUGGUGUUGAAGUUGGACUUAUCGAUCCUCAUAUUUGGCUGUCUAUCGUUCUUCACGAAAUAUCUGGAUCAGCAAUCUCUCACUAAUGCCUACGUGAGCGGGAUGAGGGAGGAAAUCGGAAUGUGGGGCAACGAGCUGAACUACAUCACCGCGACCUUCUGGGCAUCUUACUGCGGCGCUAUGAUUCCGGCUUGUUAUUUCCUCACAAAAUACCCCGCAAAUCUCGUACUGCCUUCUCUCGAGCUUGGUUGGGGACUUGCGACUCUGGGUUUAGCAUUUGUCAAUAACGUCGAGGCUAUAUAUGCUCUACGGUUCUUCGUCGGACUUUUCGAGUGCUGCUCCUUCACUGGUACAAUCUACGUGAUUGGUUCGUGGUACAAGAAAACUGAAGUGGCAAGAAGAAUCGCCCUAUUCUUCAUUUCGUCGCCUUUGGGAACGAUGUUUGCUGGCUAUCUGCAGGCAGCCGCGUAUACAAACCUCAGCGGAGUUCAUGGGAUGUCAGGGUGGAGGUGGCUUUUCAUUAUCGACGGCAUUAUUACCCUCGGAAUCGCAUUCUUUGGUUUCGCCAUCUUCCCCGAUGUACCAUCUCGCAAGAAGCCAUUCACUCUUACGGACGCCGACUUCAAAAUUGCGCAGAAGAGAGUAGAAGGCUCAAGUACCCCGCCUCAGCUCCAGAUAUCAGCAAGCAUUUUCAAGCGAGUGCUUGGCCGGUGGCAUUUCUAUGCGUUUGUCACAUUGUGGAUCCUGUUCGACAUGAACUUCGUUCCUGGAGGACAGCCGUUUUCCCUCUACCUCCGUGCGAAUAGCCCAGAGCUGUACUCCAUUGUUCAGGUUAACACCCUGCCUACGAUCACGUCUGCAAUUAUGAUAGUUGCUGCCCUCAUUGCCGGAGUAGCGGCAGACCGACUCGGUGAAUUUUGGAUUCCCGCCUUCGUAACAACAAUCCCCGUGUUUGUUGGGAUGAUACUACUUAAUGUAUGGCACGUGGGUGAAAGUGGCAGGCUAGCCGCUUUUAUGCUGCAAGGGUUCAUUGCUCCGCUGUCUCCCAUGGGAAUGGGCUGGGCUACCACAAUCAUGUCAAACGAUGCAGAGGAGCGUGCGGUAGUAACGGCAAGUAUGAACGCAAUAGGGCAGGGUAUCAUGGCUGGAGCACAAGUCGCGCUUUUCCCAGCGACAGGUGCCCCGCGAUGGAUACUUGGGUUCCGCAGUAGUCUAGCCACGACGGUUGCGCAGCUAUUCAUUAUUCUCCUCAUACUUUAUCUAAGCAGGAGGGAGGCAAAAAGUCGCCGCCUAGCAGAAGAUGUACCAGUGGUUGAGCAGGAGCACUACGAAACACGGGAGGCAAAGGUUUGA